UACACCGGAAGGAACAGAGCCUAGUGUGCGUUGCUUGCUCGGUUCCUCUGUGGGCGGCUGCAGCAUUGGAGAGGCCUCUGACGAGCGCGCGAGUGUCAAUUGUCGCUGUUCGCUGGGCGGGAGAGGCGCGCGCCUUAAACACACACACGCACACAGCCCCGGACGCUGCCGCGCGCCUCCUCCUCAUUGUCCCUGAGCCCAGGCAGCGGCGCCCCGAGGCUGUCCGGGCGGCGGCGGCGGCGGCGAGGGGACUCAUCAUGUCACGCCGGCGGCACAGCGACGAGAACGACGGACAGCCACACAAGAGGAGGAGAACAUCUGAGCCAUCUGAAAUUGAAGAGCGGCUAGAAUCCUUAAUAUGCAGAGUGGGAGAAAAGAGUGCUUCCUCUUUGGAGAGUAAUUUGGAAGGCCUGGCUGGGGUCUUGGAGGCUGAUCUACCAAACUACAAAAGCAAGAUACUAAGACUCCUUUGUACAGUUGCACGUUUGUUACCAGAAAAGUUGACAGUUUACACAACUCUAGUUGGCUUGCUGAAUGCCAGGAACUACAACUUCGGUGGAGAGUUUGUAGAAGCCAUGAUACGUCAGCUUAAAGAAUGCUUGAAAGUUAACAUGUACAAUGAAGCCGUCUAUUUAGUCCGUUUUCUUUCUGAUCUUGUGAAUUGUCAUGUAAUAGCUGCACCGUCAAUGGUAGCUAUGUUUGAGAAUUUUGUCAGUGUGACUCAGGAGGAAGAUGUACCUCAGGUGCGAUGCGACUGGUAUGUGUAUGCGUUUUUGUCAUCCUUACCUUGGGUGGGGAAGGAAUUGUAUGAAAAGAAGGAUGCUGAGAUGGACCGCGUUUUGUCCCACGUCGAAAACUAUCUGAAAAGGCGUCAGAAGAUUCAUGUACCCAUGUUACAGGUUUGGUCUGCUGAUAAACCACAUCCGCAAGAAGAGUACUUAGAUUGCCUUUGGGCUCAGGUUCAGAAGCUGAAAAAAGAUCGCUGGCAAGAAAGGCACAUUCCGAGGCCAUAUCUUGCUUUUGACAAUGUGCUUUGUGAAGCACUCCAGCACAAUCUGCCUCCCUUUACUCCUCCACCUCAUACUGAAGAUUCCAUUUACCCAAUGCCAAGAGUGAUCUUUAGAAUGUUUGACUACACUGACGAUCCCGAGGGUCCUGUUAUGCCUGGAAGUCAUUCUGUUGAGAGAUUUGUUAUAGAAGAAAAUCUCCACUGCAUUAUCAAAUCACACUGGAAGGAGAGAAAAACAUGUGCUGCCCAGCUGCUAAGCUACCCAGGGAAUAAUAAGAUUCCUCUGAACUACCAUAUAGUCGAGGUAAUCUUUGCUGAGCUAUUUCAGCUUCCUGUGCCACCACAGACUGAAGUGAUGUACACAACACUUCUUAUUGAACUUUGUAAACUUCAGCCUGGCUCUUUACCUCAAGUUCUUGCACAAGCCACAGAAAUGUUAUACAUGCGCUUGGAAACAAUGAAUACUACAUGUAUAGACAGGUUCAUUAAUUGGUUUUCCCACCAUCUGAGUAAUUUUCAGUUCCGUUGGAGCUGGGAAGAUUGGUCAGACUGUCUUUCUCUGGACCUUAACAAGCCCAAACCUAAAUUUGUAAGAGAAGUAUUGGAAAAAUGCAUGAGGCUUUCCUACCAUCAGCAAAUAGUAGAUAUUGUUCCUGCUACGUUUUCAGUCCUAACCCCUGCAAAUCCAACAUGUAUUUAUAAAUACGGAGAUGAAAGUAAUAAGUCUCUUCCGGGAUACAAUGUUGCGCUUUGUUUAAAUAUUGCGAUUAAAAAUAAAGCAAGCAAUGACGAAAUCUUCACUAUUCUGAAGGAUGUACCCAAUCCUAAUCAGGAUGAUGAUAAUGAUGAAGGCUGCUUUUUCAAUCCUUUGAAAAUAGAGGUAUUUGUACAAACCCUGCUGCAUUUGGCCGCCAAAUCAUUCAGUCAUUCCUUCAGUGCCCUGGGAAAGUUUCGUGAGGUCUUCAAAAUAUUGGCAGAGAGUGAUGAAGGAAAGCUCCAUGUCCUCAGAGUUAUGUAUGAAGUGUGGAAGAAUCAUCCACAGAUGAUCGCUGUACUGGUGGACAAGAUGAUACGGACACAGAUUGUAGAUUGUGCCGCAGUAGCAAACUGGAUUUUUUCUUCCGAAUUGGCUCAUGAUUUCACCAGGUUUUAUAUCUGGGAAAUCUUGCACUCAACAAUUCGUAAGAUGAACAAGCAUGUGGUAAUGAUCCAGAAGGAGCUAGAAGAGGCCAAAGCGAGAUUAGCCAAGCAACACAAACGUAGAGACAGUGAUGAUGAUGAUGACGACGACGAUGAUCGAAGCAGCGAUAGAGAAGAUGGACCUCUAGAAGAACAAAUAGAACGCCUGCAAGAAAAAGUUGAAUCAGCGCAGAGUGAACAAAAAAAUCUCUUCCUUGUAAUAUUCCAGCGUUUCAUUAUGAUUCUUACAGAGCAUCUAGUGCGUUGUGAAACGGGUGGUAUUGAUGUAAUUACACCGUGGUACAAGAACUGUAUAGAGAGGCUGCAGCAGAUAUUCUUACAGCAUCAUCAAAUCAUCCAUCAGUACAUGGUGACCUUGGAGAACCUUCUGUUCACAGCAGAAUUGGAUCAUCACAUAUUGGCUGUAUUUCAGCAAUUCUGUGCGCUGCAGGCCUGAGUGACUUUUUGCACAGGGCUUAAUUGACUUCAUCUUUUUAAACAAAAAUGGGAAAAUCUGAAAAGGGAAGGAAAAGGAAGAACCUUUUAAUCUGGAAAUGAGUUUACUGCUCUGUCCUAGAUAAGCAAUCCCGCACUCUAAUGGGGCAACUGUUUUAGCAGUAGAGGCCUUACUCUAGUUAUGACUGCUAGGUGAUUUGGGAUGGGAAUAAUGUGUGGAUUUUUAAUUUUGAAAUGGUUUGAAUGCUGGCUACUUCAUAGCAUUUGUUUUGUCCCCUCUAUUGUUUGUGUAAAAUAAAAAAUAGGGAAUAAUAGAAUAGGUCACCUUUGCCAGCCCUUACAUAUGAAUGGAUUCCCUCAUAAUAAUAAUGUGAAACAAGCCUCAAGACUUGUGCAUCUGACUGAAGAGCAGCUUUUCAGUUGUAAUGUUAAAUGCCUUGGAAGCAUAGGACAUGUAAAACGCUAAAAGGUCAAGCGUGCCGAGUAGCCUAGAGUAUAUGUUUGUUAUCAAAAUGAAUUUUCACAGUUGGAUGAAACAUGGUUGAAAUACAGUCAAGAUAUGUUUUUUAAA